AUGAAUGAUAUGUACAAUGGGCCCUCCAGUCGCGGGGUUCCCCAUGCGGAGGCCAGUGCGGAUACCCUGGCGAACACCGCCGCAUCACUUGCGACAGACUCGAGCCGCACGGGACAAGUUCAGGUUCCACGUUCACCCCAACCUCUUUCCUUGCAAGUGAAUGGACUUGAGGCUGGGGUUUACAGUGGGAGAGAUUCUAACGUCAGCUAUGUCGAAUCAUCCGACCGUGGUAGUGAGACGUCCGACGGCCAGCGACCAGAACUACACUCUGCGAGUACCUUCACAGACUCCGCUCCCAGCCAACCAUCCUCUUCACUAAACGACUCUAAUCGGUCCAUGGAACUCGAUAAACCCUACUACAUCAAUGGCGAUAUUGCGAUGGCGAAUACAAAUGAAGAAAUAGCAACCUUGGAAGCAUUGCAUAAUUUGAAGAAGACGAAUGGAAAUGGAUUAAUGAACGGCACCAACGGCGCAGUGAAAUUGGAAAAACAGACCAAUGGCUCUCUAUCACCUCUGCGAUCGUCAAACCUUUCCAACCUUCGUUCGAGUGCCGGUUCACGACAUACACCGGGCCACAAAAGAACUGUUACCGGAGAUGUUAAACACAUUCCCACGUUGGCUGCACCUGCCAGCUCGGACGUCAAUGGAGCACGUCGUCGGUCAAAAAGCACGGGUUCGCCAGCCCAUGGAAGCAGAAUUGCCCAAGUAAGGACCCUCUUUGAAGGCUCAUGCCUGGGUGUUAUUGACGUAAAUAAGCUGUCCGUUCAUAUCCGCACACGACUAUCAUAUGCAGCUGCAAAAAUAGAAAAGUCACGGCAGUCACCGUCUAACACGGAACUAGCGCUGCGUGGACUCGAAAGCUUAUCAACUUCAAAUAUUCCCUCGAGUGCGUUAGGCUCGACCCCGACAUCAAACUCACAAUCUAGUCAACGUCCAUCAUCAACCGAUGCAACAUCGAAUCAUCAUACUCACCAUAGAUCGCAUUCAGCAAUCUCCUCUCCCGGAAAGCUCCUUCAGAUUCCUAAACUGGCGCCUCCCGUCGAUAUCGUUGCGUCGAGUGGAGACACUCGACGACGGCGACCAAAUCCCAACUGGGCCGCUCAACCAUUCGAUCGCAGCCCGUACGUUCGGCACCGACGCCAUCACUCAUAUCAAGAUCCCUCCUUCGCUCGACCAUUCAAUGGGUCACCAAGAGUUAUGGGGCCAGGGACCCCGUCCAUUCCGCCAACUAGUCGAACGCCUACAUCAUCUCAGAACGGGUAUUACGGAUUGCGAACUCAAUCAGAGAACACUGCCAUGGAGCAAGACGCAAUUGAAACGUUGCUUUUCAUGUCCAGCCCCGAGAACUCUGGGUAUCGCUCUAGUCCUCGACCCCUACAACCGCCUACCACGCAACAUAGUUUGAAUGCAUCGCUGUAUGCCGACAAUGAGAAGCACGGAACAGAAGCAGGAACCCAACACAGUCAAAGCCCACAAAGCGGCGAGUCUAUCCACAGCCAAGAUAUGAAAUCACGAAGUCUUGGAUUGGGCUUGGAAGCUCACGCAGGGGAUGAGAUCGAUCGCAUUCUGGACCAGAUGGACAGUGACAGCGAGGAAGAUGCACGAUACGCCUCACAUCGUCUUGGGAAAAACCAGCAUAUUAGAAGGCAUCAUGGGCGAAGAAACUGA